CACCCCUACUUUGUCUAAAUAGUCACCAACAACAGAUAAAAAGAAAAGCCUUAUCUUCUUCUCCUCAAGUUCUGGUUCUUCUUUCUCAUGGCUUCCAGUGCCCUUCAACUACUCUGUCAUCCUAACCCACUUCAUCAAACUCUCCUCCACCCAAACCAAACUCUUGCCUACCCAUCAUCAGUACUAGUCCAUCACCUCUCUUGCCAAAAGCAUUUCACCAUCAAAUGCACUUCAAACUCAACUCCUCAGCCAGACUUCCCAACCCCGAGCCCAAACUCCGAAACAACCAUCAGCCCAGAUAAGUUCCCGAUCGAGAAGAGAAGAAAAUCCGAAAUAAUCCACGACCGGAAGUCGAGAACAGGCCUGGUAAAACCCGAGCCACAAAAUUUUGAAAUAGGAUGGAAGAGGACGAAACCUAUUCCACUGGAGAAGCCAAAAGGGUACGUCAUUAUGGAUUUCUUGGAGAAGUUGGAGGGGCUAAUGGGGAGAGAGUUUGGUUCGACGGAGCUGUUGGCAAAAGCCGGAGAAAUUGUGGCGGAGAGAGCAAGAGAAGAAGCAGAAGUGUUGGUAGAGGAAGGGAAAGUGGAGGAAAGAAUGGUCACCGAGCUGUCUAGAGUUUUAAAGCUAAUGGAGAUGGACUUGGCUAUGGUUAAAGCUGCAGUCAAAGAAGAGACACUUGGUGAGAGGCUUGAACAAGCUAAGGCACGGUGCAGGCAAGCUAUUCUUGUAGCUAAUUCGUUUUGAUUGUGUAUACAUUUUGGUGUUUCCAACUAGAAGCUAUCUAGAUAUGGCAUUAAGGGAAAAUUCGAACUUGGAACAUACAAUUUACAUGCAUUAGUACUUGGGAUAUGUGUCCAUGAAUUUACCACCUCUGUUUUCAAGGAAUCAUCUCUUCCAUUCCAAUCUCGAAUAAAGACUUGCCACCCUGGGGAGUCUCGGGGGAACUUGUCCCCCAAGUGCGAAUGUGGGUAUGUGUGCGAAAUAUAGCGAGAAAAAGAGAGAUACUCUUAAUUUCCUGAA